GGGGCGGGCACAGAUUAGUCCGGGCUGCGCGGCACAGAGGGUGGAGUGGACGCCAUUUUGUGAGGAGCUCGGAGUGGGGUGGCUGCGGAGAGAUAGUGAGAGUGACGUGGAGCCGUAUUGGGGUCUAGCGUGAGAUUUUUUUGAUCUUCAGCUACACAGGUCUGUGCUGCGUGUGAGACAUGGCCAGCAACGUCACCAACAAAACAGACCCACGCUCCAUGAACUCGCGUGUAUUCAUCGGGAAUCUCAACACACUGGUGGUGAAGAAGUCUGAUGUGGAGGCUAUCUUCUCCAAGUAUGGCAAAAUUGUGGGCUGCUCUGUGCACAAGGGCUUUGCCUUCGUGCAGUACGUCAACGAGCGGAAUGCCCGCGCUGCUGUGGCCGGGGAGGAUGGCCGGAUGAUCGCAGGCCAGGUUCUAGACAUCAACCUGGCGGCUGAGCCAAAGGUGAACCGGGGCAAGGCGGGCGUGAAGCGGUCGGCAGCGGAGAUGUACGGGUCCUCCUUCGACCUGGACUAUGAUUUCCAGCGGGAUUACUAUGACAGGAUGUACAGCUACCCUGCACGUGUGCCCCCACCUCCCCCCAUCGCCCGGGCUGUGGUGCCUUCCAAACGCCAGCGUGUCUCUGGCAACACCUCUCGCCGAGGCAAGAGUGGCUUUAAUUCCAAGAGUGGUCAGCGAGGAUCAUCCUCCAAGUCUGGUAAAUUGAAAGGUGAUGACAUCCAGACCAUUAAGAAGGAGCUGACCCAGAUCAAACAGAAAGUGGAUUCGCUGUUGGAGAGCCUGGAAAAGAUUGAGAAGGAUCAAAGUAAACAGACGGAGAUGAAGAAUGAGAAGUCUGAGGAGGAGCAGAGCAGCAGCUCCAUGAAGAAGGAGGAGAGCAACGUGAAGAUGGAGUCUGAGGCUGGGGCAGACGACUCUGCUGAGGAGGGGGACCUGCUGGACGAUGACGAUAAUGAGGAUCGAGGGGAUGACCAGCUGGAAUCCAUCAAGGGUGACGAGAAGGAGGCGGAGGAAGGAGAGGACGACAGAGACAGUGCCAAUGGUGAAGAUGACUCCUAAGCCACUGGCGUAACCCCUCCCAGCAAGGCGCCCACCUGAGAUUGAGCCUGUCACUGGCCCCUCCCCAGCCUCCUUCUCACUGCCCGUCCAUGUGUUCAUGGUGUUGUCUCCUGCUGCACCCCUGGCUCUCCCCAUAGUUCUGUUAAAUCCCCUGUCAUUUUCCUCUUUUAAUUUUGAUACCUCUAUGAUUUAACAAUAAAAAAAAGUAUGGUUUUUA